UUGUCCCGCGCUCGGAGAAAGACGCGCGCUGAUUGGUCCGUUUUGACAAGCGUCGUUUACCCGCCAUUUCUCCCCCGAGUCGAUUAUAUCCAGGUUGAGGAGGAUUUUCAAACGGGAAAAUGUCCGACGACGAAACAAAGCCACAGAUGGAGGAGGCAACAGAUAAAGUAGAAGAGAAGGAACAGGCGCAGGGGCAAUACACCUGAAGAAGAGCCAGAAACAAAAGAUGAGCCUCCAAAAGAGGAAGAAAUGGAAGAUGACACAACUAAAGUGGAAGAAAAGGAAGAGGAGAAAAUAGAGGAGAAAGAGGAAAAAGAAGAAACAAAGCAAGAGACACCAGUAAAGGAAACACCUGAAACUCCCCCGAAAGAAGAUGUGCGACCUCUCUAUGACCAACCUUUAGAGAUGAGUGGUAAGAGAGACCGUAAAAAGGUGGAGAGGUUUGUUCAGGAGACUAAGAAAGAAGAGCCUGAAGCCUCAGGAAAAGGUGCAGCACUCGGGGACAUUCCAUACAUUAACGCCAUGAUCAUGAAAAUGCAAGUAGAUGACCUAAAGGUUUUACACAGAGUUGCCUACAGUCGGCCUGGAAGUGGGAAUGAGGUGAAAAAGAACUUAAGGAAAUUCAAUGGCUUCCCAUUUACAAAAGAGGAUAAAAAGUACAAUUUGAAAUUAAGUAAUGUAGAGAGGAUUUUAAUGUCUGAGAUCAAGAAGAUGCUUUUGAUAUUGGGCUUGGAGCGCGCUGGCAACAAAGGCGAGGUUGUUGAGAGAUUGAUGGACUUCAUGCUAAAUCCUGAAGAUAGGGGACGGAAGCCACCCACAGUUGCAAAGACCAAAGCUAGAGGAAGACCCAAAAAGGGAACACAAGGGAAGAAGAAAAAGAAUAACACAUCAAAUGAGUCUGUCAAGAGCGGAGAAAGUGGGAGCGACGAGUCAGGUGAUAGUGGAGAAGAGGAAGUGGAGGAGGAAGAGGAAGAAGAAAAGCCCAAGAAAACACAGAAGAAAACACCUGCAAAAAAGCCUCAAGCCAAGAGGGCAACACCAGCCAAGAAAGCAGCGCCUGCUAAGCGCUCAAAGGCCAUUGCUUCUGCAGACUCUGAUUCUGACUCGGAUGAUGAGCCUCUUGCAAAGAAAGUCAAGCAACCUCCUACGGAUGUUGAGCUGAAGGCAAUGGUGAAGAAGAUCUUAGAUGGCGCCAAUUUAGAAGAAAUUACAAUGAAAAGUGUUUGUCGACAAGUGUAUGAUAAUUACCCCGACUUUGACUUAACUCACAAAAAAGACUUCAUAAAGGAAACAGUAAAAUCAAUUAUUUCGUGAUCAGUUGGCACAACCAAUUUUACCAUAGUACAAAGUGUUCAUAUACUUUUUUUUUUUCUUCUCUUUUAUUUCUUUGUUUUUCUUUAUAUUUUUUUAUAUAUACUAAUGUCAGAGAUAGCUAUUUUCCAAAUCUAGCAAAAUUGCUACUUUGCAAAUCUUUUAAAAGAGAGUUGAUUAAUGAUAAUAGUAAUCAAUGUGGAUGAAAUUUUGAGGCACAUUUUAUGCAAAAAAAAAAAAAAAAGAAAGAAAGAAAAUGAACCACAGUUAAGGUUACUAAGUAAAUUUUGUAAACACUUUUCUUUAUAAACUAAACAAAAGUAAGCUAUGUAUAUGUUUUAAUAUGUUUGAAGGUUGCCUCUUCUAUUAUGCAGGUUGCAGCUAAAUGUAACAAAUAUCUUAUAAUGUCCACAAAGCAUCAAGAAUGACACAGGAUCCCUGCAAACAUGGGUUCUGUAGUAAUCCAUUUCAUGUCUUGAGCCCAUCUUGACAGUCGUUUGUAGUGUAUUUGUAGGAGCGACGAGUUUCAAGAAGGCUUAAUGUUAUAGGCUGUGUGUUACUUGUUUGGUUAGAGAGUGAGUACUGUACCUCCUCAUGCUAUGAAUACGGAAAUGGUUACCUGUAUUUUUGCAUUUUUAACUUAUUCAAAAAGACUUGAUACAAGGAGAAGCUAUAUUUGGUUAUUUCUGGAGAAAUGGAAAGAAUCCAAGAAAAGAAAUAACAAAACAGACAUACCUAGUGUUCCUUUUAGGUAACUAUUGGUAUAUAAUAAUUGUAAAUGGAACACAUACAAUUUAGAAAUAUUCCUUGUCAUAAAUUCUGAACUUGAGAGAUUGUUAACCACCCCUUUUUUGUUUUACUUUUUAAUUUUUUUUCUAACUGCUUUUAUUACACUGUUUUUAGCCUUUUAUUUUCCAGAUUGCAGGAUAGGAAAGUCAACAAAAGCAAAAAAAAAAAUUCAUAUUUGUUAAAUGUGCCAUUUUUCUCUCUUUUUUUCCCCCACUCAGACCUUCUCACCACAAAUUGAAAAGCAAGAUUUACCCAGAUCACCAUAUCCUUUGUAGACUGUAGGAGUGACACUUACAAAAAAGUAUUAUUUUAUUUAUGCAACAUCCGCCACUGUCAAAGAGGAGGAAUCUAUUGAACAAAAAAAUUACAUCAGGACAAUGAUUCAGUUUAAUGUGAUUAAUUGAGAGCAGAAAAGAAAAAAAGAAGAAAGAAAGAAAAAAAGAUUUUGUACAUCUUUUUUAAAUGUGCCCGGAAGUCCGUAUAAAUUAUAUUUUUUUGUAUGGUAAUGCAGAAUUGUUCUCUUUUUUAUGUGUGUGUGAUAAUUAUUGACAUGCUUUUUGCUCUAACAUCCAAGUUAUUGAAGAGAGAGAGAGAAAAAAAAAAGAUCAGAAGAUUUUGAGGGAUCUUUUAGAAUGUCCUUUAAGAAAUGCCUAUUGUAUCUCUUGAGGUUGUAUACAUCUUGAUUUUCUUUUGAUUUUGAUUUUUUUAAUUAUUUUGUUUUUAUUUAUUACUUUUCUUGAAGAUCUGUUGUCCUUAUUAUUGAGUACUUGUUGGUUUGUUAAUCUAUCUUUUUAAGACAUUCACCUGUUAUUGAUUUCAUAAUGUAUACAUAGUGGUUAUUAUUAUUAUUGUUGUUGCUAUUAUUAUUAUUAUGAUUAUUAUUAUUAUUAUUACAAUUGUUGUUGUUAUUUAAAAGGCAAAUGUUAAAUGCAUUUUACAGUGAUUCACAAUUUUUAAUCCAAAUUAUUGUUUGCUAGCUUCAGUGUUUAAAUAAUUAUUCCUAAAAAUUGAAAGAGUUUGGGGACAUAGUCAGUGAUGACAUAUUUGCCCAUGACCAUUUUUGUGCAAAGUCACAUUUGCAUUAGAUUUCAUGUUGCCCUGAUGAAUCAUCAACAUUUAAAGUAAAACUAUUUCUUUGGUUAUGGAAAUAAUUUGCAGUCAGGACUCUGACCAUGUGUUAUGAUAAAGACUGUUAGAGCAUAAAUUAUUUGGUCAGAAAACUUGGUUGGUCGAGUGUGACAGGGCAUCUAACCAUUAGUAAUUUUAAUUGAUCAAAAAGUUAUAAAUGUGGUACAGGUUUUUAGUUUAUUAUAUUGAUCAAAGAGUAUACUGCCAAAACAUAGCCCAAUUUUAUUCUGACUAAAAAGAUGGAUAACAAAUGCUAACUUGGAAGUUUUAGGUUCUAAAAAGCAGCUCAAAAUCUCUGAUCUUUUACAUUUACAAAUUUUACCUACCCCUUUUUUACCAGAUAAGGUCAUGGCAAAAUGUAAGAUUAUUCUAAUAAAGUAGGUUUUAGAUA